AUCCCAGAGACACCACAACCAGGGUGGCCAUUGUGCUACAGAACGAAAAACAAGGGCUCCGCUUACGUCGAUGUUCAGCGUGUGGGGAAUGCGCAAUGUGAAUUCGAUAAUGCGGAUUCGAAAGGGAUCUCCCACUUCUACAUUGGAGGGGAUGGAGGCAGCGCAGACGACACAAGAAGCCAAGAAGAAUUGUCCGUGACGGUGACGAAUGUCCUGCUGUACAACCGCCCGUUGACUUCCGAAGAGAUUGCAGGGCUUGCCAAAAAUACAAUUACUAUUCCGAAGCCGGAGGGUCCGAAGAGAUCGGUGGUGGAUACUCAAUCACCAGCGACAAGUGGACCAGAUUUGGAGGGAACCGUGUCCUUGUCCAAUUCUGCCGGGCAACGGCCGUUGGAAGAGGAACCGUUGAAGGCGAAUUUUCGUGGUGACGGUGUAUCCAGUGCAGCUUUCGUUGCCACGACUCCCUCGUCUGAUGCUGCUCAAGCGGUGGCGACAGGGAGUGGAGAUACGAUGCAGGGAAAUGGAUCACCCCAAACUCCUGAGGUGAGCGUGAGCUCUGGCGGGCAUGGGGAGACGGCGGGAGGAACGGAUGCGCAGGGAGAGGAGGAGGUUAUUACACAGGUCGGGGACGUAAAUGCUACGGCACUCAGCAGCAGCCUCGGAAAUGUGUCGCAGGGGAAUAACAGUGAUGAUGGCACUGUGUGUGGGAGCGGACUGCUGCCAUCGCUGCUGCUUCUGUUGGGACUGUGGGGGUUUGCGGCUCUGUGA